AUGAGAAAUGAGAAACUAUGGCCGGCCUCUAGACAAUGGACACUGGCUGUUCGUCAAAGCCAGCACAAUUGGCCGAGCCGGUUACCAGACGCGCCCAGCAAGCGACGUGUGCCAGGUGUGCAGAGCUUUGCCGACCUCGUCUUGAAAGUAAUUGCCGAUAAUACCGGAAAUCUAGAAAAGGAGCACAUAGAACAUCUUCCCAGUCACCUGGUGGAUAGAAUAUGGAGGGCAUCGCUGUCACGUGGCAUAUCAUUCAAAGCUUGGCAGCUAUUAGGACCGACACAGCAUGAGAGUCGAGAGAAGCAAAGCGAAGCAUCCUACCGCUUUGUCCAGGAAAUAGACAAUCCUACGGAUCGCCUAAGCGUUUAUAUACAGCCCUUAACAAGCCCUGACGUGGACUUUAUCACACAUCUUUGCAUCACCGACGAAUGCCAGGUCACGACAGGCGACUUAAUGUUACUGCCUAGCAUAAAGAAUGUCGGGGUUUUACAGCUCAUUCAGACAGAUGACAAGACUCGGUUUCCGGAAAUCAAUGACCGGCUUAUACGCGGAUGGUGCGAGAAUCCCGAUUCGUUUCCGAUGCUCCGCGUCUUGCGCAUAUUAACUCUCAACCCAAACCUCACAUCGAUGGCUCUCGAAACGUUAUCGAGGCUACCGGCUCUGGGAUGGCUAGAGCUAUUUGUAGACAAGUACGACUGGAAACGAUCACCGCAGCAAGAAAAGAGCUUUGGCUGGCACUUUAUCAACAACCACGCUUUCGUGGGGCAUCAGAGCACAAUACCCGUGGAGAACCACGCAUCGCUGGGCAGUCUGCGGCUUAAUAGGAAAGCUUUGGGCAAAAGAGACCAAGCAUUGGUAGAACGACGAGAUUUAUGGACGCUCCGCAAGGUUGCAUUUGAUAAAGCCCCAGGUUUACUGGAAGUCAUUGGGCACAACUACAAGGUUGCAAAGGGGAUGUCCGAUAUGCUGUUUGAAUGUUUUGCUGGAGCUGCUGCCUGCCCUGCCUCAUCAGACGACAGACAGGGCGUGGAUAAGUUUGCUUUUUGGACCUAUUCCAUGCUGGGCCAAAUCAGUGGAAACCACGAGUUUGCUUAUAACGAUGUGUUCUGCGAUGAGCAGCCCAUGUUUGGCCCACUGGUGUUGCCAGCCAUCCCAAUGGCCUCGCUGUUCCUUGGAAGAGCGCCGCCGCCAUGGCGCAAGGCACCAUUGCAGAUUAUUGACGCUGGUCUACGACAUUGGGUAUUCUACAGAAAGGCACCUGGUAGCUCUACGGCUGGCGAGGUCAACGGUGAAGAAGAGCCUGUGCCAACGGCAAAGACAAGCACCUUUAGCAAGCGCAAGAGGAACAUAGCCGAUGCCCUAAGCGAUUUUACAUAG